GUAGUACAGUGUACAAUGCAAAUAUUUAUGACUGAGCCCGAAUGUCUUAAAUCAAGAAGCUGAAGUUCUACUCUACAACUUCUUGCUUAAAUGUACUAAAAGCCACUGAACAGUGCUAUAUGAAACAGGAAAAGCCGGGAAAAGCAACAAAAUCCAGAAAUGGGGUCAUGAGCCUGAAAAGUGGAACAUCUAUGUUACGGAUGUUAUUUUAAGACGUCAAUAUUGAGAACUGGCCUCAGUCUUACAGAAUACUGUACACAUACCAAAGUCCAGAUCCAGUGGAAAGCAGCACACGAUGAAGGUUCUUUGUAUUCUCUCACUGUGUCUGAUUGUCUGUGAUCAAGUAAACGGCCACUUUUUGUUCGGAUCCAGCCCAACUAUAUAUCCAUCGGAAGAUGUGAACCCCAUGUGCGAACAGAAUGCUCGUGAUGGAGACUGUGAAUUCUGGAAUUGCUUCCACGCUAGAUGGCGCUGCUCCAGCGAUCACAACUUCUCAGAAGAGUACGGCAAAAGGUUGUGCCAGAGGUUGAAGCAGUACUACGACAGCUUUGAUGAUGAGGGCAAGCAGUUUGCGGACGAGUCAACCAAGUGCCUUAUGGGUAAAUUCCUCAGUAAAUACCGCGCUGACUCCAACCAGUGUUAUGCCCUGGAGCAGUACGGGGAGAAAAUGCUGGCUGAGUGUAACGCUAACAGGGGGUUCUGCGCCGCCAUAAAGAACAAUAUGGAUACCCUAAAGCGCGUUUAUCAUCCGAGAGACCUGAUCCAGCUUGGGCGCACCCUUACGCAGUGUGCUAGAAACGAACUAAGCAAAAAGCUCAGUGUUAUCCUUCCGAUAAUCCACGGCAAAAAGUAGACCAGGAAGUAACGACUGUCGCGAUUGUGAUUAUUGCCAUUGAUUCUGCGACUUUAAUAAGGGUUUUAGUGUUUAUAUUGAAGGCAUAGAUUUUAAGUUUUGUUGGCUAAUAAAAAAGUUUGCAGGUGGUUAGUUAACAAUAUAGUCUAUGACUUGAAUAUACAUAUGUACCAUGCUUACGUCAUUAGACUGAAGUAGCUGUGGGGCAACGAUGACAUUUGAAAAGGUCACAAUGGCCCCAUUCAGAAUAGGGGACUUACUAGUCCGAGGGUCAAAUAUGGCGACCCACUACAAAGCUUGCCAUCCAAUCCGCUAAUAGAUACUGAAUAGAUAUAGCGUGGGGAAUUAUUCAAGUGGGUCGGCCAUAUUUGACCCUCGGACUAGUUAGUCCCCUAUUCUGAAUGGAGCAAAUGACAAUAUGGAAAAGUGGAUAUCCUUUAUGUGUGGACGAAUGAAAAAGUAGUGACCACACUGAACACGGGGAAAAACAUUUGAAAAAGAACCAAAGCCGUUCUGAUGAAGAAAUUGUAGUCAACCUCUGCACGAAUACACAGAACUCAACGUUCCUUUUAACUAAAGAGGCCGCUAUCAACAUUUUGUGUUUUUUCUUUGUUGUUCGUACUUUUUUUACGUUGAUAUCAAUUUAAUUACUAAGGUGAAUUAAAGGCAAACAAGCUCUCUCUUGAGCUUCA